AUGGGUUCGACCCUGACUGACAACUCUACGCCAGCGGCGCCACAUUCCUACCCAGUACCUUCGCCGGGCGUAUACUGUCCUGCAGUGACCUUCUUUGAUCCCGACACUGAUACUCUUCGUCCUACCGAACAAGGCCAAUACUACUCAUACCUAGCCAAUUCGGGCCUGACCGGGCUGGUCAUCUUGGGCACCAAUGCAGAGACCUUCCUCCUCACUCGCGAAGAGCGGGCUACUCUGUUACGAUUAGCACGCAAGUCGGUUCCCGAAAACUAUCCUCUCAUCGCCGGUGUGGGCGGGCAUUCGACCGCCCAGGUUCUCGAGUACAUCGCAGAUGCGCACGCUGCUGGCGCCAACUUCGUCCUCGUCCUCCCUUGCGCAUACUUUGGCAAGCAGACUACACCCGCAGUCGUUCACAACUUCUAUUCCGCCGUGGCAAAGGCGUCUCCUCUCCCUAUCCUCAUUUACAACUUUCCUGCCGUCUGCAAUGGCCUCGACCUUGACUCUGACACCAUUGCAGCGUUGGCGCAGGAACACCCGAAUAUCGUCGGGGUCAAGUUGACCUGUGGCUCAGUGGGCAAAAUCACACGUCUGUCUGCGACCUUCCCGCCUGAACGAUUUGCUGUGUUUGGAGGGCAGUCAGACUUCUUGGUGGGCGGAUUGGCCGCGGGGAGCGCUGGCUGUAUUGCCGCGUUUGCGAACAUCUUUCCCAAGACGGUGGCCAAGAUAUUCGCCUUGUGGACAAUCGGUAAACAUGACCAGGCAUUGGCCCUGCAGAGGAUGGCUGCUCACGCAGAGAGUCCGACCAAGGCUGGUAUUGCGACCACGAAGUAUGCCGCUAGUCAAUACAGCGCCAAAAAGGCGGGGAUACAAGGUGACCUCGAGGCCAUGCUGCGACCGCGACGCCCUUACGAAGAGCCAAGCGAAGUGGUGAAGAAGAAGAUCAAAGAGGUCAUGACGCCUCUGGACGAGGUUGAAGGCACACUUUAG